GCCCUCCGCCACGCACACGUACAUACAUAAGUUACAGGCCAAGCUAAGCGACCGGUAGGACGUCUUUGUCCUCUCCUUGGAGUAUAUGUGUAAAAGUAGUGUCCUCCAUGUAAGGUGAUGAUGCUUUUACUCUGUCGGCGUCAUCGUGCGCCUUUUUCUUCUUGAUCUCGCAGGACCAACCCGGCGAGCAGUGGACCAUGUUCUUCAAGGACCCGUCCGGCAACAACCUCGAGUUCAAGGCCAUGACGAAUCCGGACAACCUGCUUACCGCUGUGCCUGGCUCAGCUCUCGCACCAACCCGCGUGCAUUGCUGACGGCACCCCUCUCCUUCCUGCUCUCUCUCGUGUCCUCGUUUCACGCUUUGUUUGGAAAAAAAAAGGCACGUACCGCAAACUCGACAGCAGCACGGGCUUCUGCCAGCUCAACCGGAGGUAGUCCCGCCGGCACCGGUGCUUGCGGACUGUACCCUCACAAGGAUGAUGAUCGCCGCCGAUAGCCCUGACGGGACGCCUGAGCCGCACGACGUUGUUGAGGCCCACGAAAGCGGGCUGACGUUCAUGUUCGUCCGGAGCUUGAAGGAUGCCAUUUACGGACAAGUGUGGGACGCGCUAGAGGUGAGGCUGCACAACGGGGGCGGAGUGACCUUCUAUACCUCGGUGCUCGACGAGAGAGGCGUGCCGCGCCGGUUUGCCGUGAAAAGGAUGCUGAAGGCAACUAUUGCCAGACUGCAGCCGACCAUACAGGAGAACCCGAUGAGAGAAGCGGCCUUUUUGACCUUGGUGCAAGAUCCAGGACACCCUAACGUGGUCGGCCUGGCGGCGGCUCUAGAAGACGAUACUACGGUGUACUUGGUGACGCCUUUCGUUGGCGGAGUGGGGAGCGGAGAGAUGUUCGACUGGGUCGCGGAUAACUACCAGAAUCCGGCACCGGAGGCAACUAUCAUGCCGCUUUUGCGCCAAAUCGUCGAUGGCACGAGGUACGUGCACUCAAAGGGGAUCUGCCACGCGGACAUGUCGCUCGAGAACACCUUGGUCAACUCGGCGCACACCGAGGCAUUCAUCAUCGACUUCGGCAUGGCCCAACAGAUGCCGACCAACGAGCAUGGACAACGCUUCAUGUCGGUGCCGGAUGGCCGAAGGGCCAAGAGGUCCUACUGCCCGCCCGAGACCUACAAAGGCCGAGAGCCCUACGACGGUGUCAAGGUGGAUGUGUUCUCCGUGGGCUGCAUGGGGUUCAUGAUGUUCACGGGCAUCCCUCCCUUCGACUACGCCUCGCGACUGGACAGAAAGUUUCGGAGAGUGGUGUUUCACGGGGACCUGCAGGGCUACCUUGCAGAUUAUGGUAUGCCCCCCCUACCAGACCAGGUGUUUGGAUUACUGCAGGGGAUGAUGUCCUACAGGCCGGAGGAUAGGCCGUUGCCCGUGGAGGUCCUGGAGAACCCCUGGUUCGCUCCCUUGGGGUACGCUCAGCAACCGCAGGCGGCGGCGCCAGCAAUGAACGCAUGACAAAACAGUCGCGGCAAGGCUUUGGAGGAGGUGGUUCGGAGGCCGGGACAGCGGGGGCAGGCGGCCGUAGGCCGCCACCGCCGCGAAAAUAAAUUUCGGUGCAGGCUAUUGGCCGAAGCGGGUUUUGGCGGAGUGUUAAGAAGUGAUUUGGAACGCCAAUCCCUCGCCGAUAAUGUGUAGAGAGUCGGGCUCGGUGUUGCUCAUUGUUCGGGAUGACGGACUUGCGCGCUGAUUGGCGUGCCUGCUGAGCGCGUGUUUAUGAAGGUUGCCGGUGGACGUUUGGACACCGCUGGCUGUCUGUGGUUCCGCCCUUGCACGAGCGAUCCUAGCCCCAGCCGUGCAUGUCUUCAGUGGCGGCACGGCGGUCCUGUUUUUUUCGUUUGACUACUAUUAGCAUUCAUCAUAUUGUUGUCGACUAUUUGCCGAGAAAGAAAAAAAACACGCGGCGUGGCGACGACGCGGAGGGCGUAAGAGGACACCCGCCUGACCCUUUCCUACGCUGAGUGGCGAUAAAAGUCGAGGCCCACACGACGGGGCUUUCAUCCCAUGAAACGACACCAGGCACCGCUUGGCGCGCGUCGUAGAGAAUAUUCCGGGUAUCCGUUCGCGCGAGCCAUGGACUCUUGAGAGUAAAGGAGUCCCUAGGGUAACCCACGCAAAGGAGGUCCCGGAAUUUGGGCGCCCAGGACAGGGCGGUUCGCUACGGGUUUUUCAGAUCACGCUUGCGAUUUUUUGUUCUUUUGUUUUUGUGUUCAUUACUUUCGUUGCUGUAAUUGCGAUGUCCACGAGUGUGGAUGUCGAGAUCUCGAGUUCCUUAUCCCGGAGGGAGCCCCUGUUGUGCUCCUCAGGUACCACCUGGUGUGUGUUUACCGCGCGUGCGGAGUUGCAGGCUGACACCGAUGUACCACGUGUGCGCAUAAGCGGCAACAUUAGAGGUGCAGUGCGUAGGCAAGCCCCACUUGAUGAACGUCGGUUAGAACGCGGUGGGUCGGUCUAAUUCUGAUCUUGGUGGCGGUGCUGUUUGAUUCAGUGAUUCGCUGUCAGCCAUGUGGGGGCUCCUCUCUAAGUGGCAUGUGGUGUGCGCAUGUGGGACACGGGUCACGUAGCCGACUCACGGCUAUCAACAGGGAUCCUGUGCAAGUCGUCGUCGUUUGACAUCUCUGGGGCGGGCGGUGGAUGGUAGUGUAAAUCGGAGAGGGGGGGGAGCUGUUCUCCGAGGUGAUUCUUGGCGCCUGGAAGUCUCGACACGACGCUUGUUUGCUUGCAGUCGGCGUAUGGGUGCUGCAAGCGUUAGGUGGGGCCACGGGUUUGCGCGUGAUCCGUACGAGUCGAUCGGUUGGCCGUCAUCCCGCUCUAUCCUUGCAGUGCAUGAGCAAAGGAUGUGCUUGAGCCGGAAUUCCGUGUGCAAUUUGUAGCUUACUGCUUUCAUGGCAUGUAUCAUGGAAGGCAACGACUCGCUAGCGUGCAAGCUGGCUGGUGGGCAGUGGCGCGAACCUAAUACGUGGUGGAUGUGUGGGUAUACGCUAUAUGUUAUGAAGGCCUUCCCCCUUCCGUGAACGACGACGGUACGAUUUUUUUGUGUUCAGUUAACUUUUCGUCUAUUAUUUGUAUUGAUUUUUUCAUUUGGCGGGUUGGUGAUUUUUUCAGCACCAGAACUCGGUCGGGCAAGCUAGAUUUAACGCGACUGGCCGGUGUGGAAAGUGCUACUUCAUAGCAACAGCGCCGCCUCAUGACGCUGUGCGAUUCGUUGUAGACCGAUUGGUUUGCUUCCCUCUGUGGCUGUUGACCAACCUCGACAGUCGAUGUAAUCUCGUUGCUGGGGGCUUGUGUGCACUGCAUGAAUGUUGACCAAGCUACAGCACAAAGGUUUACUUCCCUGUUUUUGUGGUUGGGGUACAGUACGUGAAAUUGCUCUAUUGGGGAAGAGGUUUGCCUCCGUCAUUCUCAGCAAGAGGUUUCGCCAUGUCGGCUGAGGUAUUGGGGGCCUUCGGGAAGGAGGCAAGCCUCCGGUGUCGUCGAUUAAGAUUUCGCCAUCAGUCGGCUGAGAUACUGGGGAUUCUUCGCGUUUGUAAAGCUGGUAUGCAUAUGCAAAUGGCGGUGAAGGGUGACGUGGGGUGUAGGGUGACGUGGGGUGCCGUUUGUCGAUGUGAGUGGGGCAUGAGACGUACCCGCUGUAAGUACGACGCACUUGAGAGACUCUUUAUAUUGGUCCGAGACUCGUUUCUUAUUUUCUCUAUGGGGUACUGUUAUAUAUUGUAGGUUUUAGUGUUGGCUUCUUCACGGAGCAGCUGUUCUUUUGGCCAUGGUCUUGACUGAUAUUUUUCUCCUUUGUUGAGCCUGAAGUCCUUAACUCCCAGGUGCAUAAUUCAUAGAUUGGGUGCUUCGGUAACUUUGAAUGGCUUAUUGCGUUUGAAGCCUGUGUACCCCCCUUGAAUAUGUGUAACUUGCUUCCACGUCGGGAGAAGAUCAGGGAAUAGCGAGAGGCACCGUCCAUCAAGUACACAGCAGCAGUAGUGAAUGGCGUUGUAGCAACACGCGCAAGGUCUCACGCGGUGUUUUUUUUGUGUUGUAAUGAAGAAAGAAUUUGAUUGAACCCCGACUCGGCUGGAACUUCGCGAGAUUCGUCUUUUGACUGAAAGAGCAGGAUCGAGACGUACUGCUAGCUGCGAGGACGUUUCGCUCCGUACAUGGCACUGCUGUGUGCACGUGAAUAGCUUGCCCACAGGGUACUUUGAUUCCCUGGCGGGAUGAAA